AGUGACACACCUUUGCUCCACAUGCCCUUCCAUGUCAGACGCCAAUUUGUCGGAAUGCCCCUCUGCAGCCAUCUGCCACACAACUAGAAAAUAUAAUAGGAUAUUGGUAAGAAGGUUCAACUUCUACUGCCAUACCAUCACUGUCUGCCUCUGAUGUUGUGGCCCAGAAUAAUAAAAUCAAGGCUGUUGUGCUAAGUUGUUAAUGCUGUGCACAAGUUAGUUUAAUAUCCAUAUUUGCUAACAAUUGCAUGACUUCAGUGAUUUGGUAUUGUAAAUUUUGUAAUUGGAUUCCUUUAAAUACAACUUCUUUUAAAUGGGAGGUUUAAGUUUUGUAUUUUCCUUAGCGUUGCUGCUUUCUCUGCUGUGCAAAUAAAGACAAAAUAAGUCCUGAAUUUUGAUUGAAAACAGUGGAUGAUAUUAUUUGAUGCUUAGCUCUGCAAAGCUAUGCUUUCACAUUAUUUGCUUUUUUUUCAAUCUGUUGUAGUCCUGGGAAGUCCAAGUCCUAAACUAAUCAGUAAAGCUUCGGAGGGCUUUGCUUAAUAAGCCAGUUCUUCAGGAUCAGAUUUUUACUAAGGACACUGAAUAUUAUGAAGGUCUGGUAGACAUUUCUCUGUGGCCUAGUUGGUCUUUUUAUCAGUGGGUGAGAAAUGACCAUUUCAAGUUAAUGGGUCUGGAAACAGUGCUUAACCAUUAGAUUAACUUCAUUGCAGAUAUCAGCAUAGCCAAAUGGAGGGACAGAUAGAUACCAUUUUUUUUUUUCUUAAUGAACUAAGCUUUUUGCAGAGACAUAAAGUAUGAUGUCUGUGUUAGACCUGACUGUACUGCAUGCCUCAGCUAGGACACUGAGGUUUGAACAAGUUGGGAGUGGCCUACUGUGGGCUAGCAAAGAAAAUAUUACUUGCUACCUGCUGUCUUCAGUUCCUAGCACUGCAGGGUAUUGAGUAGGUUGUGAAAGCUGUUCUUUUUUUUUACAGGAUCAUAGAAUCAUUAAGAUUGGAAAAGACCGUUGUGGUCACCUUGCACUCUGUUGCGUUUCAUUUUUUUUACUGUCUCCAUUUUUAUGUCUGGUUUUGAUAGCUUACUUCUUAGUGGACAAUGCAGCUGAACACAUUUUGUUUGGUUCAAUUUUUUCCAUGUUUAAAAACUAAUUUUGGUCACUCAGAUAUAUGUGAUAAUGGUAUUUUAUGGAAAAACACUCUCUAGUGCCUUUAGUGAUAAAAAUGUGUGCUGCUGUGUCUGUAGCUGACAUGGUGUUUUGGAUUUAGCCUGAGAACAAUGUUGAUAACACACCGAUGUUUCAGUUGUUGCAGAGCAGGGCUGCGCAGAGCCAAGGACAUUUCAGCUUCUGGUGCAGUCCUGCCAGUGAGAGGCUGGGGGGCCACAAGGAGCUGGGAGGGAACAGAACCAGGACAGCUGACCUAAACUGAUGUUCUGUACCAUCUGGCACCUUUUGGAACUAUAAAACCAGAGAGAAUAGGUCUGGAGGAGAUCACAGAAUCACAGAAUCACAGAAUCACAGAAUCACAGAAUCACUAAGGUUGGAAAAGACCUAUAAGAUCAUCCAGUCCAACCAUCCACCUAUCACAUCCAGAACUGCAGUGUUGGGACUUUCUGGGCAUCAGUCGUCUGGUGGGCAUGGCGUCAAACGCUCAGGAGGAUCUGAAGCAGAGUGGCUCUGAGGAAAUGGGCAAUGCAAGCCAACUACAGCAGGCAGAGGCAUGUCAGGCAUCACACAGCCGAUGUCCCAUCUGCCUGGAUGCCAUCUGCGAUGCUGCCCACGUGCCCACCUGCUUUCACUGCUUCUGUUUUAGCUGUAUCUGGCAGUGGGCUGCCAUCAAUGCUGUGUGCCCAAUUUGUAGGCAACCUUUUGACCGCAUCUUGUGUGCGAUGCAAGCAGACGGUGACUAUCAGAGGCAUGCAGCCAGGGAGAGGAUGUGGAACAGAUCCCCGCAGCAGCACUCCAACCUGCGCCUGCAUCACAGCAAUGAUCAGUCCAUAGCAGAGAGAACAGAGCCUGCAGGGCACGCUGGCAUCUCUGCACCCAGCACCUUCAGAGAGCAAGCCCUGCCGAAUGCAGUGGAGCGCCCAGCAAGCCCCGUGGAUGAGCAUCCCAGAAACUUCAGCAUGCUGCUGCUGCGUGCUCGGCUCCUGCAUUUCCUUGAGUUGGAAUAAACAGCCGUAAGCACUUCAAAGAACAACCGUCUGCAGGAAAUGUUUUCUAGUUCUAUCUCAGCAAUGUGCUUCUUGGAGUGUGUUAUGAUUUUGUUUCCCAGAAUUGCUGCAGCAGAGCAUGUUUUGUUCUUCAGCUCCUGCCUCCCUCGCUCUUCUAAGUGCUGGGAGAGGGCAGUCUGAGCCUUGUGAUUAUCAGCCAGGAAACGUGUCCUGAAGACCUGCUAAUGCAGAUGCUGUAAAGAGUAGCCAUGCUAGCAGCCCUGUCCCUGGAUCCCUAGAGCUUUCUCAGAGCA